AACACUGAGACAUGGUAUAAUAGUGUAAGGCGAGUUACGCACCCACCCAUUUAUCUCCCUUCUGGCAUCCCUUUUUGGGAUCUAGCAGUCUAUACAGAUGGCGCUCGAUCUGAGAUAGCAGAAUCGCCCAGGACAGGCGGUGAAAUCGUUAUCUUUCAAGCUGGCCAGAUGGUACACCGCGAAAGUCUAUCCCUCGACUCGACGCUGUCACCUUUCGACACAGAAGUGACCGCCGUGAAAGAAGCCCCCGAAGCUGCGCUUUCCCUACCAACAGCACGCUUCUCAGAAAAUAUUUGGAUACUCACAGAUAACCUGGAGGUAGCUCGCCUGUUAUUUUAG